AUGGAAGAGCACGCAGCGGUUCCUACCUACGGUGGUGCGUCCAUUACGGAUGUUUGCAGCAGGCUGUAUAUCAUGGUGUUACAAGGUGGCUACGGUGAUGUUCACAGAGAAGAAAAGGAAGGGAGAGGGAGAACAAUGGGGGCGAGGCAGUGGAGAGGGACUAGAAGCAGGGAUGCCCGCAAGGGUUGGAGUGACGUUGCGAAGCUACUGGGGCGCCACAGAACCGUGAGAAGGGCUUUCGUGGGUUGGCCAUGCAGUGGUGGAUUUUCAGAGUACUAUUCAUUCUCUGAUCUCGCUCUAUUACUUUUGUUUGCUCUCUCGCUCUUUUCCCCGUUUUCUCUAGAAAACAAGAAGGUGAUUGCUGCGUAUUUGCUGGCUCUUUUGGGAGGGAACACAAGCCCUUCCGCUGAAGAUAUCAAGAACAUCCUUGGCUCGGUUGGAGCCGAAGCUGAUGAUGAUAAGAUAGUGCUUCUUCUGUCACUGGUCAAGGGCAAAGACAUUACAGAACUUAUUGCUACUGGGCGGGAGAAGUUGGCCGUUAUGUCUUCUGCUCAUGAUGGUUUUGCAGUUGCAGCCACCGCUGCAGAUGGUGGUGCUGUUGCUCAUGCUGCUGCGGAGCCAAAGAAAGAGCUGGAAAAGGUGGAGGAGAAAGAGGAAUCUGAUGAAGAAAUGUGCUUCAGUCUCUUUGAUUAAGAAGUACUUGGUUCAUUUGUCAGUCUAUGAAUAUCCAAGCUCCAAUACACGGCGCCGGCGUGAGAAUGAAUUGUAGUAGUUUAUAGCUUAUAAUUUUGUAGUUUAUAGCUUAGUUUUAGGCAGAAAAAAGGCUGGAUCAGUACUUACCACCCUAAUGUCAUAUUUGAAUUUGUUCUAUUAUUUUAUCCGAGGAUUUGAUUUAUUAUAUAUCUUACUUAUAUCUUGCC